GAGCUGAUAAUGGUUGCUUCUUUGGAUCAUCUCUUAGUUCCUCUGUCUCGUGUGAAAGGGAAGAAUGCUACCAGGUGCACAGAGCUAGGCAUGGCUCAUCAGAUGCUGGGGGAUGUGCUUUGUGUUGGUCUGAAGUCUGUGCACGUGUGAACAGCUACAAGUAAAUUGGAGUGCUAACAAGGUAACUGGUACAGCACCCAGCUGCACUGGCAGGGUUUUGGGGUGUCUGAGAGUGGUAGGAUGAAGAGGAAUGUUACAGACUAGGGGCUAGUCUGCUAGGAAGGAAUUAUGCAGAGAAGGAUCUGGUUGACUUCCCAUACCAGUGGUUGGCUGUGAGGCAGUGGCGUGCCCUGGUGGCCAAGAAGGCCAAUGGGAUCCAGAGUGCACUGCCCAGAGUGUGGCCAGCAGAUCAAGGGAGGUGAUCCUCCCCCUCUACUCUGCCCAGGAAGGACACAGCUGGAGCACUGAGCUCAGAGCAGGGCUGCCCAGUUCAGGGCAGUCAUGGAACUGCUGGGUGAGCCCAGUGGAGAGUGCAGAGAUGGUGGGAGCCUGGAGCAUCUCCUGAUGGGGACAGGCUGAGAGCCCUGGGGCUGUGCGCAUGGGGAGGAGAAGCUGAGGGGGAUCUGAUCAGUGCUGAUCAAUAGCUAAUGCUGGGAGUUGAGUGGGUGGGGCUGGGCUCUGUUCAGUGGUGUCCAGCAACAGGAUGAGGGGCACAAACUAAAACGUAGGAGGUUCCAUCUGAACACUGGGGAAAAACUUAUUUACUCCAAGGUGGCAGAGCCUGGUACAGCUGCCCAGGGAGAAUUGGACUGGGAAAUCUCCAGAAGUCCCUUCCAACCCUUCUGUUUCUCUGACUGGCUUUGAACUGUAAGAGGAGAGAUUUAGGUUGUCUGUUAGGAGGAAAUGCUUUGCCAUGAGGGUGGUGAGGCCCUGAAACCACUGCCCAGAGAGCUGGGUUCCCCGUCACUGGAGGUGCCCAAGACCACGGAUGGGGGAGCUGCCUAUGGCAGGAGCUGGGACUGGAUGGGUUUGAGGUCCCUUCUAACCCAUUCGGUGAUCCUAUCUCAAGAACCUCCCGCCAGCUGUACAACCUCCUCCUCUGAGCUCAGGGGUCGCGCUGGGAGCGGGCAGUGCUGCGGGCGCAGGAUGUACGGAUGCACCAUUUUCCUUAAAGAUCUUUCUUUCCACGGGAUCGCGGAUCGCGGCCGCGGCCCUCCGAUUGCUUCCGGGCCCGCGGGGGCGGGCAGAGCUCAGCGGCCGCCCCGUCCCGCCCCGUUCCUCCCCUCGGGGCGGCCGGAGCGCUCAUCUUCCGUCCUGCCCGCGGCGGCACGGCAGGCUGCCCGCCCGCCCGCCUCGCCCCUAUGAGCCUGCUCGGCGGCUACCGCAAGAAACCCGGAGGUGACGGCUAUGAAUCUUUGCAGCUGGUGGAGAGCGGCGCUGAGGGAGGCGGCGGUGGGCCCGGCGCGGUGGGGGCGGGCGGCCGGAGCCCCGCGCGGCAGCAGCAGCAGCAGCACCGCGCCGACGGCAGCACCAUGGACAGCUCCGGUGCCUCAUCACCGGACAUGGAGUCCAGCUAUGGAGGAGGCUUGCUGGAUAUGGUGAAAGGAGGAGCAGGGAGGCUCUUCAGCAAUCUGAAGGAUAACCUAAAGGAUACUCUGAAAGAUACGUCUUCGAAAGUCAUGCAAUCUGUUGCCAGUUACACCAAGGGAGAGCUAGAUAUUUCAUACAUUACCUCGAGAAUCAUAGUGAUGUCUUUUCCGGCUGAAGGUGUUGAGCUGGGAUUCAGGAACCACAUUGAAGAUGUCCGGACAUUUCUGGAUUCCAGACACCCUGACCACUACACAGUCUUCAAUUUGUCACCCAAGUACUAUCGCAGUGCCAAGUUCCACAACAGGGUAUCUGAAUGUAGCUGGCCGGUACGACAGGCGCCCAGUCUGCACAAUCUCUUUGCUGUCUGCAAGAACAUGCACAACUGGCUACAGCAGAACCCCAAAAACGUGUGUGUCAUCCACUGUAUGGAUGGCCGUGCAGCCUCAGCAGUUCUGGUCAGCGCGAUGUUCUGUUUCUGUCACCUCUUCUCUAACCCAGGCCCUGCUAUGCAGCUGCUGAACACAAAGAGACCUGGAAUUGUACUGUGGCCAUCUCACAGGAGAUACAUAGGAUACAUUUGCGAUCUAAUAGCAGACAAGCCCGUCAUUCCUCACUGCAAGCCACUUACUAUCAAGUCAGUCACCCUCAGCCCAGUCCCAUGUUUCAACAAGCAAAGAAAUGGGUGCCGGCCCUUCUGUGACAUCCUCAGUGGAGAAACCAGAAUCCUGACCACAUCCCAAGAGUAUGAGAGAAUGAAAGAAUACCGUGUGCAAGAAGGGAAAGUCCUAAUUCCACUGGGAGCCACUGUCCAUGGAGAUGUUGUUGUUUCCGUCUACCAUAUGAGGUCAACCAUUGGGGGACGCCUUCAAGCAAAAAUGACCAACACACAAAUAUUCCAAAUUCAAUUUCAUACUGGAUUUAUAGCCCUGGGGACAACCACAUUAAAAUUCACCAAACCUGAACUGGAUGCCUGCGAUUCUCCAGACAAAUAUCCCCAGCUUUUCCAUGUUAUACUGGAGAUAGAAAUACAAUCUACUGAUAGACAAACAGAGUUAACUCCUCCAUGGGAGAACUUCACAACAAAAGACAUCAAUCCAACCAUUCUCUUCUCCUCUCAUCAGGAGCAUCAGGACACUCUUGCUUUGGCAGGUAAGGGUCCCACUGAUUCACCCCAGGAUAACAUCAGGAAUGUUGGACAGAGUGCAUUCUUCUCAUCUCUCAGCUGGCAAGAUCAGAAAUCUGACAAAAGUAGCUCUCACCCCACCUCAGAGGACCGAGCAGCAUUGGUGCAUGAGGAAAGCGAACAGUCAGAUGAUGAACUCUUGUCCCUUUCCAGUCAACACAGCAAUGCCAGCGGUGACAAACCCCACGGGACGCCAAAACACGGCAAAAAGCAGCAAGAGCUGCCGGCACCGCCUCCGCCUGAGGACGUGGACCUGCUGGGGCUGGAUGGCAGCCCCAUGAGCAAAACCUUUCCCUCGCAGCCGGCGGCUGCCCCCUCUAACUCGGACUUGCUGAGCGAUCUGUUUGGGGUUGGCGGGCCGGGAUCCCAGGGGCAGAGCACACAGCCUGCUGCCGAUGAGGUCUUUCACAUGGCGGGGCCCGGAUCGGUGCAGUCCACUCCUCGGCAUUCCGCAGCCUCAGCAUCCCCGUCCCCAUCCCCGAGGGUGGGAGAAGCAUCUGCCUUUGAUCCAUUUGGAAGCAGUCCUAAGCAAGCUGGUCCAGACCUCCUGGGUUCCUUUCUCAGUUCAACAAAUGUCCCCGGUGAUCCUUUCCUUCAGGCAACAAGAAGUCCUUCACCAACUGUGCACAGCGAUCCCUUCCACAUGGCUUCUAGCACACCAACAGUUUCCAUACAGCCAGAUGUUUCAGGUGGCUGGGACUGGCCCAACAAACCAGGUGGCCUAGGUAUGGGAAGUAAGUCUGCUGCCACCAGUCCUACAGGAUCCCUCCAUAGCACUCCCACUCAUCAGCCUAAACCCCAAACACUGGAUCCAUUUGCUGACCUGGGGACUCUUGGAGCAAGUUUAGCAGGUGGCCCAUCAUUUGCCAGUAAACCAACCACGCCGACGGGUAUGGGUGGAGGAUUCCCCCCCUCACCACAGAAGCCCUCUCCACAGCCCAUGGGCAGCAGCUGGCAGCAGGGAGCUGGCUAUGGCUGGCAGCAGGCACAGCCCAAGGCGCAGCCAAGCAUGCCCCAUGCCUCACCCCAGAACAAGCCCAACUACAACGUGAGUUUCUCAGCAAUGCCAGGAGCGCAAAACGAACGUGGAAAAGGACCAGCUAAUGCUGAUUCAAAACCAAAAGUGUCUGCAGAUUUCGAAGAUCUAUUAUCUGGUCAAGGUUUUAAUGCUCAUAAGGACAAGAAGGGACCCAAAACAAUAGCUGAGAUGAGAAAAGAAGAAAUGGCUAAGGAGAUGGACCCUGAAAAACUGAAAAUCCUGGAGUGGAUUGAAGGAAAGGAGAGAAAUAUAAGAGCCCUGCUGUCCACAAUGCAUACUGUCCUAUGGGCAGGGGAGACCAAGUGGAAACCUGUUAGCAUGGCAGAUCUUGUAACUCCAGAACAAGUGAAGAAGGUCUACCGACGGGCAGUGCUUGUCGUUCAUCCUGACAAGGCUACUGGGCAGCCAUACGAACAAUAUGCAAAGAUGAUAUUUAUGGAGCUAAAUGAUGCCUGGUCAGAAUUUGAAAACCAAGGACAGAAACCCUUGUAUUAGGUACUUUCUCAGUCUCCACUACAGACCUGUGCUAGUGCUUGUAUAGUCUCUUGUCACAAAUGUCACAGAUCAACCAAACUCUGGCUGGAAAUUCAGAAGUUUCAGAAAACAAAGAGCCUAAUACUUAUCAUGAAGAACAAGAGAAAGGUUUCCCUAUGCUUGUUUCAAGAAUCCUGAGCUCAAAAGGAACUCUAGCCAUCUGGCUUGUCAUCUGAGAGCCACAUGGCUACAGUUCCUUGUACCUUUUUUUUUCCCCUUUGGAUUCCAGUGGUGAGAGAGAAGACAUUCUGGGAAAAGGUGGGAUUGUUCUGUCUCUGACGCAGUGUAGCCGGUGAAUUUCCUACUUUUUUUUGUGUGUGUGAAAUGUGAUAUGGCAACACUUCACUUGAGUUCUGUAACUGGUGGUGAAGCCCAGACUUUGAUGUAUUUUCUUCCUAGGUUUGGAUCAAACUUCAUCAAAUUUAAGUGCUCAACUGUGGCUUAGGCACACUUCUAACAGUCACCAUUUGCUGCUUAGUUGCUCAUAAAGCAUAGUAUGCCUGAGUAGAGAUAAAGCUGAAGCCUGGGUAGAUCAGUGUGGCAGCUUACUGCUGCUUCAUGCAUUAAUACUGUACUUCACCUCACAGUCCAGCAGUGAAAUGUGUGGAAAAAAAAUCCUCAGCAUCAUGGAGUAAGUGUCUUUAAAGCAAACAGCAAGUAAUUGAUGUUAAACAGCACCUUGAUGGCUUGUUAAACAGCAGUUCUGGGGGAAUAGUGAGCUGGGGGAGGAGAGUGGUUCUACCUUAGUACAAGGGAAGAAUGAGCAUGUGCUACAUUUCCCAUGAAGUUCUCAUCAGUAGUUUGAAUCCAUCAAACAACAGACAAUACCAGUAAGCUAAAACUCUACUGCAAAUUUUUAGAGACUUCCUAGCCUAUAGGUAACAGCUCUCCUGAGGAUUCAGAAGACUUUUUCCAGCCCACCUUGCAUCACCUCUAUGCCUUUAUCAGCUCCAGAGCACUUGGCAAAGGCUCCUGGCAAAAUGCAACCCAUUGCAACUUCACUUUUCAGACCAUGGUGUACAAGCUGUCAUGCAGACAUCUGUGGGCCAGGUCUGAUUUUUGAGGUAAAUUACGCAGAUUAAUUAUCUUAGAAGUUUAUUAUGGACCAAAGCAAUAAUAUCGUAAUGAAAUAUCUUUGAUGCUGAAGCAUCUUUCCUAAUUCAAAACAAGUAUGCUCUUCACCCCAAAUCUAACUUUCUCCUUUUGUAGAAUCACUGAAGCUAGCAGUUUGUUUACCAACAAUUGUAUUUGAGCUUUGGAAGGCAGAUGUAUUGAGAGGAUAAGCAGCAAAUCAUUUGUAUUUGCUGCUUGAGGAACAGGUUGCCAUCUGAUGCGAGUCUUUAAAGCUGGUGGUUUUUAAAGACAAUCCACUUGUUGUUGCACUUAAAUUUUCAAGUGGCAAAACUUUUACUGCAAAGACAGAGUGUCAAAGAACAUUGCUUUCUGUAUAAAAGCCAUCCUUUUGUUGUAUUGGUCCAUUAUUUACUACCAUUACUUGAAAAUGUGAAACCAACACAUAGGUCUCCUUUUAUAUAAAAGACCUUAAGAUAAUAGUAACAAACUGGAUGUUAUUUAUUAAUGUUUUGAUCCAGUAUGUGCUUGUCUUAUUUAAAGAGAUAACUGGAAUGUGAAUCAUGUUCCUGUGAUUUGUUGGUUUAUUGUUUCUCAUUCACAUUUGUAGAUAUUGUGACCUAUGCCUAUAUAAUAAAAAGGAUCUCAUUACUCUAAUGUACUUUUUUUUUUUUUUUUAAAUAAUGAAAACCAUGUUAGCUUUGUAUCAGAUUUGUCAUGGCAAACAACUCUGGAUACUCAUACGUUCACAAAAUGCAAAUCCAUCAUUAAACUUUAUCUACCCAAAGAAACCCUAUCCCACUUCAACUUUGAUUACUUCAUCCCUAAUGUUUUUAUGGGUGCAUGAAAGUAUUAGGACGUAUGUAUAUCAAAAAUAGUUAACUAAAAAAAAAAAAAAAAAAAUUCUUGUCAUAUCUGGUAGUGACAGAGGUUAUCAAUGUUCAGGUUUACUGUUUGACUAAAUUAUUGUAAUUUUUGUAAAUACAGUAUAUACUCAAUGAAAUUGUGACCGGUCUAAAACAUUUGUAUAUACAUUAAAAAGCUGAAAUGAACACUCACGUACGUUUUGUGCUUGUGAGGGGUGGGGGAACUCUGCCUUCUUGCUUUCAGCACAGGUCAGGGUGGUUUCUCCGUAAAUGCUGGAUAAACAACAACGCUUCCCUUAGCAUUGGGUAGAGACUCCUUUUCUCCUGCAUUGCCUGCUGUGUGUGACCCACACCGCUCUGUUCCUUGGCUCAGGGCUGGGUGGGAGUGGGUACAGCCAUACAGGUGACCUGGAACCACUUGCUUGAGACACAUUUCUUUUUUUCUAGAGCCUUGAUUUUCCUCAGCAGCAAACAAGCUAAAUGGAGAACCCAACUCCUCUUCCUGCAGGAGAUGGGAAGAACAGUUUGGGGUUUAACUCCGAGAAAAGCUCUAAUGGGAAAAGAUGCAGCCUUUAUGGCUUAAGGUAAAUACCCUUAACCCAAGCGAAACACAUAAAAUUACUCUUCUCUUUCUGCAUUUUGGUUUUUGUUUUUUUUUUUAACCGGAUUAUUUAUUGUAGGCCCAAAAGUGGCAUUCGUUGGCAGCAGAUGUAAGUUGGUGCUCGCAUUUUCUAGGUGUAUUUUUGCCUUCAGCCCAGCCGUGUGGUGAAAGGCGCACAGCUGAGGCAGGAGCUGCACGGAGGAAAGGCCUGUUGGGGUGUGGGUCCCAAAGGCUUUGCAAAAAUCAAAGCUGUGGCUCUUGGGUCAAUGCUUUGCCAUCAUGUGGUGGAGACCCAAAGCCCUGAAGGGGCAGAAAGGAGGGGGAGCGACGGCUGCUCCAGAGGAGGGGCAGCCAGCUGGGCCCGGUUUGGGGGUUAAAAACAGGGCUUCUCAGGAGCAGCCUCCAAAGCGGUGGUGACUGACUGGGGCUGCCCCUUGGAGCUGCAUCUUAGAGGCACACAUGGCGCUCUUACACCAGCGCCACACAGCCGCCCGGCGGGAGCAGCGCGCACCGCCCCGUAACCAUGGCGACGGGAGCUCGCGGCUCGGCUGCUUCCCGCCUCCCGCCUUAAAGGGCGCACCGCCCCUUCCCGAGGUGAGGGCGGGGGGAG